UCUCAGGCUGCAUUUGUAUUUGCCAUGCAGAGUUCAGUGAAAUAAGAUACAUGCAGUUCAUUUUCCUCUUAAGCAUACACUGACUGUGCAGACAAUUAGACAAGGUUGUGCAGUUUACUUUCAAAAUUUCAUUAGCAAAAUUUGUCAACAGAAAUAAUAAUUAUAUAAUAUAAUAAUACAUUAAUAAGUAACAGAUUGGAAAAUGUGCUAGUGAUUUUAAUCCAUACAUCCAUCCAUUUUCUACAUCACCUUUUUCUGUUCAGGGUUGCAGGUUGCAUGUAUGUGCAAUUAUGUAAAAGAAAAAAAACAGUCAAUGGACACCAAGUGCUUGACAUCUUUUCAGAGUGUGUGAAUGGCCUUUGUAUGCAUUUUUAGAAUCUCUGUAAUCCCACCAAACAAUUGCAACAGAAAGAGGCUAAAAAAGAGAAAAGGCUGAUUUACCUAGCAGUUAAGGCUGUGGCUCCUCUGUGCUUGCUCCUGUUACUCAGACCGUGCCCUCUGUCUGGGUUGGGCUUGGUCUGGGUCAAAAAUUUGCAUGCCAAGGGCCACUUGAAUGCGAAGCUCCCUGGCUUCUCACUACCUGACAUGCAAAACCAGUGGGGGACCAGUUAAAAUGGCGCACGCACACAGUCAACACAGGUGUAGUCCAGUCGAAACACUGAGCCUCCUACCCUCCCUUCUCUAGAGCUCUAAAUCUCCACCACUCUUCCCAGAGAAUGUUAUGGAAAUAAGCGCUGUGAUUUUGCUUGGAUACUGUACCUGCAGGUUGUCGAGGGAUGAGGUUUGGAUGUAAGUGUUGGAAGUAAGAUGAUAUCUAGGUUUGUCCAUAACAGAUCAAAAACUAAAAGCAGUGUGGCAAUUGAGUGCAAGGAUCAGAGGUUGAGGGUCAGUUAAAAGACAGAUCAACAGAAGUAGAAGAAAAAGAGGAAUAAGAUUGAGAGAAUUCAAAAGAUGCCACGGUCUUUCCUUGUGAAAAAGAAACGUGGGGCAUGUGGAGCAUGGCAAUGGAAAGAGCCAGAACAGCUUCAGUGGAAAGAAGACACAGUAGUGUGUGAAAAUGCUAAAGAGCAGAUGUCCUCCAGUUCUGACACCCAACAGCCUGCCACUUUACCUCAGCCAGUAGUCACCUUAGGAUGUGGGACAGCAGCAGGAAUGAGAGUGCCAGUACCUUUGGCAGGAUCAGGAGGACCAGGGGCUGACACCAGGCCGGACUGGUCCAUACUGAUGCUCCAAGGCUCCCUCUACCAUUCCAGUGCACUGACACUUGUCAGCAGAGCGAAACCCCGUCCCCGUACUUCCCCCUGCUCAGGGGACUUUGUGUGCUCAGUGUGCCACAAGAUAUUCCCUCUGCAACGCAUGUUGACUCGCCACUUGAAGUGCCACAGCCUGGUGAAGAGACAUCCUUGUCGAUUCUGUGGAAAAGGAUUCAAUGAUACCUUUGACCUCAAGAGGCAUAUGCGAACACACACAGGUAUCCGUCCCUACAAGUGUGAGCUGUGUGAAAAAGCCUUCACACAACGUUGCUCUCUGGAGUCCCAUAUGAGGAAGAUUCACGGUGUUCACCAACAGUAUGCCUACCGUCAGAGACGGUCCAAGAUCUUUGUGUGUGAGGAUUGUGGUUACACCUCAAGCCGCCCUGAUGAGUACUUCCUCCAUGUGAGACAGUGCCACCCCGGCAGUCCUGCCCUCCGCAGGUACUACCGCCGCCAGGCGCAUGAGAACAGCAGCUUUGCAUCAGCAGACCGUAAACUUAACCCCUAUUUGCUGUACUCAUCCCCUGGAUACUACAUGUAGGGCUCAUUCUAAUUGACCUGAACUACAUUAUAUUGUAGCUGUUCCAUAAGCCAUUCAUAAAUGAAAAUAGUUAGUUAGUCAUUAGUUUUAAUUAAGUAUUCAACCGUGUAACACUUAGGUGAUCUAUGUAUGUACCCUUUCUGUGUUCAUUCAGCUGUUUCUGUUUUCAACGAUUGUUUUUAAGUUUUUAAUCGACAUUACUUUUUAUACAGUUUUUUUUUUGCAUUAGUGGGGUUUUUUACGCUAUGUUUACUGUUAAAAAAAAUUAAUAAUAAGAAAAAUAUUAUUACAUAAUAUGUUUUUAUUGUUUCAUUAUGUAUAAAUGCAUUUUCGGUCAAAUUCAGUCGAUUGUUCAGGAAUCAACCGAUCAACCAAAUCAUUCACUGGGAGUCAAGCACUGAGAGUGCACUUUUCUAUUUUACUAGAUGGUUGUGUGGCACUGGCCUGGCCAUCAGGAUAAAUUUUGGGUUGCUUGUGAGUAAACUGAGGUUAGCAGUGUCAUCUGAGAAUUUCACUACAAUUUGAUUGGGUUGGGAGCUGAAAAUCAUUUGUAUGUAGAGUAAACAAAAAGAGUGAACUGACGCAUCCUUGGGAGGCAACCGUAUAUUGCUUACUGCUAUAUCAGAGAGUGCUUAAUUAAUUUACCCUUGUUGUGGACUGUUUGAUAAAAAUAAUACCACUUAAUCAAAAAAGGAUUCACUUUCAACUAAACUAAUUUAAGCAAGAUAUGUGGAUGAAUAGUGUCAAAAGCAGAACUAAAAUCAAGAAAAGGCACUCAUAUAGGCAGAUGCAGCAGAACAUUCUAAGUGAGACACGGUGCAGUAUUGUGGAAAUGGCAUCAUUUGUGCUGUGAUUUCUUAUGUAAGCAAAUUGGUACUGAUCUAGAGACGGCUCCCCCUCCCUACAUAGUUCCUCUGUCAUGAUCUUCUCAUAGGAUUUCAUGACAUUGGAAGUUAAACCCAUUCAGGGCAAGAUUUUUUGGGGACUGGAAUUGUAAUGGAUUUUUUCCUGAGCUCUGGUACUGUGUGUGUAUCUAAAGAGAGCUGCAGUCAAUGACAGGCCGGAGUUCCUCAGCAAAUGUCCUUAAAAGAAGCAGACAUGCCAUCCAGUCGCAUUGCUUUGUUAAUAUCAUAGACUGUAUAAAACAUGGACAUAGUGUCCGUGACAUCACUCAUAGGUUUCUGAAGAGCCAUUGUGAAGCUCAAAAUAGGCGGCUCUUGGCAGUCCCCGACUCCGGCUAAUCCAAUAAUGGGCAAAGAGGUCGAGCUGAGGUGGGCUGAAUGAAGCCUGGUUGUUGAACCAUCUAGCGGCAAGCCACCUGUUAGGGCAUCCACCUGUCACUCAAAGCGGCCACGUCCUCAAUUAUGUGUAACUUUAAGCCUUAAUAUAAUUUCAAUGGGUGAAUAAUAAUUCACCCCCCUCACAGUUGACAUGAAGGGGAAAAUAGUUAUGGAGACCAAAACUGAUUUUUGUACCUGGCUGUAAACCUGUCUUUCUGCUGUAAAGUUGGACAUUUUAACAUGGGGCUCGAAUGGGGAUUGACUCGCUUUUGGAGCCAGCCUCAAGUGGCCAUUCGAGGAACUGCAGUUUUUGGC